GCCCAGGAUGCCAGCGUGUUCGCAAACUUCGGCAUGGGCUCUUAUUAUUUUGGAAGUUCUCUGCAGACGGACACAGCGUUCCCUUCGGCACAGCAAGGCGGCCUUUCACUCACACUGCAGUGGCCGUUUUUCCCAAAGUGUAGCGUUUAGCCGUGAAAUAAAACCAUUCACUUCCAGACUCGGUUCAAGAGCUGACGUUCAGGUGUCCAGACAAAUAAUCAUGUCGUCCACCGCGAUGUCUCAGAGGAUGGUUUGGGUGGACCUCGAGAUGACAGGUCUGGACAUUGAGAAGGACCAGAUCAUUGAGAUGGCCUGCAUUAUCACAGACUCUGACCUGAACAUGUUGGCUGAGGGUCCCAACUUGAUCAUUAACCAGCCAAACGAGCUGCUGGAAGGGAUGUCAGAGUGGUGUAAAGAGCAUCAUGGAAAGUCAGGACUUACACAGGCUGUAAAGGACAGUAAAAUCACCCUGGAACAAGCGGAGUAUGAGUUCCUGUCCUUCGUUAGACAGCACACCCCACCUGGACAGUGUCCCCUUGCCGGUAACUCUGUGCAUGCGGACAAGAGGUUCCUGGACAAGUACAUGCCACAGUUUAUGUGUCACCUUCACUACAGAAUCGUUGAUGUUAGCACCAUUAAGGAGCUUUGCAGACGGUGGUUUCCAGAGGAAUACAAAAUGGUGCCUCACAAGAAAGCAGCCCACAGAGCCUUGGAUGACAUCCUGGAGAGCAUUAAAGAGCUGCAGUACUACAGAGCCAACGUCUUCAAGGCCUCAGAUGAGAAGAAGCCCAAGUUUGUGGAAAACCAAGGCAGCAGUAACAGUUAACACUUUUGAAGGAGGCUAUGGAACCUUCACUGUUGUGUUCCCUUAUUUCUUCAAGAAAGCAGUUUUCCCAAUCAAUUCAAUUUAUGUGCUCGUUUUCAUUGAUUAAUUUUAAUUUAUAUUUAGCUGCCCAAUGAUCCUUUGUUAAAGUAUUAGCCUUGAGUUAAAUGAAGAAGUUUCAUCAAGGGAAGCAAGAUUCAUAUAUAGAAGUUGUGAAUGCAUCAGGUUUUCAUUAAAAUUACAUGAAACUGGAAAA